GGCAGGCAUUGCUGGGGCCCAUACAGGUGCCCACGGCUACCCCCUGAGUCUUUAGAAAGUAGGAGGAGCCGAAGGAGAAAUUGUUGAGGGUAAGGAGCAGUGGUGCCAGAUGGAGAAGAGUGGCAGUGUAGGGGGAACUGGUUGGGUCUUUUGUAGAGCAAGAAGCAGAGAGCCUUCUUGAUGUGUGGGGGAAGGGGGAUAGAAGUGUAUAGGGACUGGACAUCCAUGGUGAAAAUGAGGGGGUCAGGGCCGGGGGAAUAGAGCCCGUGAAGUGUCAUGGAUGUAGGUGGGAAGGGCCUGAACCAAGGGAACAUAGGUCGGAGAUAAAUAAACACGAUCCUGAUUGAGACAGUGAAAAAAUAAUAAUGUUGCAAGCUAUCCAGACAGAACAAGACAGUAAAAGUACAGAAUGCAGAAUAUAGUGUUACAGAGAAAUUGCAGCCCAGGUACUGUGCACACUAAGGUGCACGGACAAGACGAGGUGGAUGGCAUCAUGUUACUGCCAAGUCUCCAACCUCCAUCGCCAAAAACAGCCAGGAUUCUGCACUGUAGGCUAAAUAGUUAGCGCUAGGAUCGGCGAGGUUUUAUUUGCUUUGUAUGUUGCUGGGUGAGCGAUCAAUAUUCUGCAUGGUGCGGUCAGAAGAAUGGAUUUAAAAAAGAAAUGUAGGAGGGUCGCAGGCAGAGAAGGCACUUGGCGCAUCCCCCCAGACGAACAGCAGGAGCCAGCCCCCAAGAGAAUAUGGACUCAGUGUCUCAGGCGUGAGGCGUCAGGGUGAAGGGAGAAAGUGCCGCCGCCAAUUUAUGACGAACCCCGUCACAGCUUAAAAAUAAGGAGCACUAGGGCGAAUAUUCUGCAGAGGAAACUUAAACUGAAAUCCAAUCUCAGUUAUUUCAUGAAAAAGUAGGCGGACAGAAACGUCGCCCGUUCUGGGGCAAGUACAAACAUUGAUCAUCAGAUUUAUUUUGCUUUAGCGUUUUUUGUUUUGGCACGAGCUGGCAACAGGAUGACUGGAAAAAUCCAGCGAGCUGUCUUACUGUUGUUGGUUCCUGCUGCUCUCUAUGAAACUCAGAACUUUGCACCGGACGUGGGCGAGGUUCCCAGGAAAGCGAGGGAAUAUGAUGAUCUCCAGGCACCCAUUGUCCAGCGUUUCUCCCAGGAGGGUGUGUCUGACUACAGGACGUUCUUGCUGGGAAAGAAGGAAAACACUCUAUAUGUGGGAGCCAGAGGCGCCUUGUUUGCGCUUAGUCUUAUUACAGUGACCCAAGAGGUUAAAGCAGCUAUCACGUGGGAAGUUUCAGAAAAGGAGAGGGUGGACUGCACUGCAAUCGGCAAGACGAGGGAAGAAUGCAACAAUUUCAUCCUUGUUCUGCAAUACCUCAAUGACACACACGUCUUCACAUGCGGAACAUUCGCCUUUAACCCGCAGUGCGCCUACCUUGAGGUCUCUGAAUUCGAGCUGCUGAAGGAUGAGAAUGGGGAGAUACUGACAGAGAGUGGGAAGGCUCGGUGUCCAUACGACCCAGCUUCGAAGCACAGCACUGUGGUGGCGGAUGGAAUUCUGUAUGCUGCAAUGGCUUUCGACCUCCAAGGGAUUCAGUUCCUCAUCUCCAGGGCAAUGGGUCCUUUCAACCAGCAGAUCACAACAGAGGCAUUAGAUUCCUGGCUGAAAGAACCAACUUUCAUUGGCUCAGCUCUGGUGAAGGAGAGUUUAGGAAGUGAAGUGGGCGAUGAUGACAAACUAUAUUUUUUCUUCAGCGAGGUCAGCAAGGAGUUUAACUACUACACUAAACUGCGAGUCUCCAGAGUUGUCAAGGUUUGCAAGGGUGAUAUUGGUGGGCUGAAGAAUCUACAGAGGCGGUGGACAAGCUUCCAGAAGGCUUCACUCAUAUGCCGUGAUCCUUUGAACAAGCUUUACUUCGAUGUGAUUCAGGAUGUCUUUAUGUUGCAGCGAGACAUUGGGAACUGGACCAGCACUGUGUUUUAUGCAGUAUUCAGCUCACAGUGGAGUAAUUCUCUGUCUGCAGUUUGUUCAUAUGACAUCAAAAGUAUCCGUGCAGCUCUGGAUGGACCAUAUCAAGAAUACAAAACUGACUGUUCUGCCUUUGUUCAGUAUAAAGGGCAAGUUCCAUUUCCAAGACCCGGCUCGUGUAUCACUAACUGGCAUAGGAACCAUUCGAUUGAGAGUUCACUACAUUUACCUGACGACGUGCUGCGUUUCAGCCGAAGUCACCCACUCAUGCAGCAAGCUGUCUACCCGAUGAAUGGUCAGCCAAGGAUGAUAACCAGAAAUGCACAGUAUUCCAAAAUUGUCGCAGUGCAAGUGAGCUCAAUGGAUGGAACUUACGAAGUUCUCUUCCUCGGAACAAAUGAUGGCCGUUUGCACAAAGCUGUAUUGGUUGGUUCCCGCAGUUAUAUCAUAGAGGAGAAGAAAUUAUUUAAAAAUAUUCAACCCAUUCAAAAUCUCCUUUACUAUAAGGGAUUUGUUUAUGUUGGUUCUCUCAGUGAAGUUACUCAGGUUGCAGAGGCAGAUUGCGAACAGUACAAGACCUGUUACGACUGUAUCUAUGCCCGGGAUCCCUACUGCGUUUGGAGUAAGUCAGCAUCUCGCUGCAAGUUAUACAAGAAACAUUCAUUGAACAAUGACUUCUUACAAGACAUUAAGAAAGGCAAUGCUGCAGAAUUGUGCCCACCAAACAAAGAAGCUGCAGAAGAAAUUGUUCUGGUCAUUGAUCACCGUUCGGAUGUGGUACUCAACUGCAAGCCCUCCUCUUCAAAGGCCCACUGUGAAUGGCUGACUCCCAACAAGAACAUUACGAUCGACUUCUAUAGUUCAGGACUCCUAGUGACAGAAAAUGUACUCGGCAACUAUGACUGUUAUUGCCAUGAAAAUGGCAUCCGUCAGAUGGUAGCGUCCUAUCAUCUCAUGUCCAGGCGAUCACGGGUGGCGUUGAUAGCAUUGAUGUUGCCUAUUGCAUUUGUUGCAGUAGUCGUCUUCUUUAUUUUGAACUCCAGGAGGACUUAAUUUUACCUGUUCAUUACAGUCCAUCCAAUUAACUGAACAUUACCUUCUCUCUGGAGACUAGAACGACUAACCUUGAUAACAAGGUUGUUUGUCACAACCGAGGAACAUUCGAGCACAACUAAUGGAGUCCAUUUCAAGUACCUUCCUCUGCCACUAUCAGGAUGGUAAAAUGGACAUUAUAUCAGUACUGCCCAAUCAACACUGAUGGGGCAGUUGGCUGAACUUUAUCAAGCCUGAAGGGUCAACUUAAACAGUCCCUCUGUAACAGGAAAAUUAUUCCACAUGACAAUUUUAUAGAAGGCUCAAAUCUGUACUGUUGCUAACGCAGAAUACCUCAGGGCUCCUCUGGAGUCACAGCCUAAUUUGAUGGCAGCAAAGCUGGUACAGUCUUUUUAGUCUGGUGAGCUGUAUCCAGGUGCCUGUUCUGCAGUCAGCUGGUUGGCUGACUGUCAAACUUUAAACUUAAUGGACACUGGAGUGUGAAAGUCAUAAGGGCUUCUUUCUCCCUUAAACAGAGGCUGACUAGUGAGCUUCACCCAAAGGUACUUGGAAAGAAUAGAAUUGACCAAUCUCUUUUGCAAAGAUUAGGUCUCAUGAAAAUAAUGUGAAUAUAAAAUUCUUCUUGGAAAGAAGAAACUAAGUGUCUUAUUUAUAAAUGACCCCACAUACCUGUUGAUGUAGUACGUUCUAGGAUUUUUGUUUAAACAAAGCACAGAAACUUGGUACUGUUCUAUCAAUAUGCCCUUUAAAGGAACUUUAUCUAGAUUUUGUGUGAACAUGAGCACAAGUGACAUGGUUACAUUGUAGUUUUUAACAGUAAAUCUGAUUAUAGAUAUUGACUUUAAGACAAUGGUUCCUUUUGUUUAGCACUGGAAGGAGAAUGAGCUUUUUGAUCUAUGACGCUGGAGCCAACAUUGGUUCCAAUUCACUUUUUGAUCAAUUUUUUAUAAUUUAUUUAUUGUACAUUAAGCUUAUAACUUGAAAUUUGUUGCUGUUACUUUAAAACCAUAUUUAUUUAUUGUCUGACCAAAAGCACUCCAAAUUUAAUUGUCAUAGAAAAUAUAUGUAUACUGACAAUUCCACGUUUUGUCAAAUUUGCCUGCACUUCCACGCUACAUAUAGAAGCAGUAUCUUUUCAUAAGGGAAGAAGGUAUAAGAUCGGUUGGUACUAAUUUAACAAGUGUAGUAUGUCGUCAGUUUCCCCCUGUGUGCUCCUUCAGAGAAGAAACUUUCAAAUGCUCUUUGCUUACCUCUGAUGAGAUAUUGCCCGCCCGUACAGAAUGAGGCACACAGAGGAUAAAAGAUACUGCUUUGUAAAAUAAAAUUUCUUUAAUAAACAACUGUAUAUUCUUACAAGUAACCAAUUAUCCUGCCACAUCUUUGCAAAUGAAUAAAUAACAGAAAGAUGAAAAGACA